UUAUUUGUUAUCGCUUCCGUCGUAGAUGGUGGAGUCUGGACUGUUCGUAGUGCCGUACUCGACUUUUUAUCGUCGCGUCUUCACCGGCCGCCAGUGGAUCGACUGAUCAAACCCUCGAAUCGGAGACUUGGAAGAAGCGGAGAAACUACUCAACCCAUCUCGCUCCUAUCGAUGUUGUUGAGAAUUGACUUGCACUUGAAGAUGGCAGUAGUUGAAGAAUCCGAUUGAUGGGAGACAAGUGGGGUUAACAACAUCUGCCUUUAGGUUCGUUUUUAAUUGAUGUUCGCUUGCGGAAGCUAGACAAACAAUUACUAAAAGAAAAACAAAGGGAUUUUCUGCUACAUUCUACUCAAAUUUCAGGAUUAGGGUCCUGAGAAAUCAGAGUUUGGAGAGGGUAUCUUCUAAAAUACUUGGUUCAUAAAUGAGAAAUCUGACCACAAUGUACAAGCGUAUAAACAACUUCUUUGGCACUUUCUUUCAGUAUGAGUCUGUAAAAGGUUCACCUGUGGAUAAUUUGAAGUCUAGGAAGAAAGUACUGGAUCCUCAAGGACCAUUUCUCCAGAAGUGGAAUAAGAUAUUUGUUUUAUCCUGUGUGAUGGCUAUAUCUGUGGAUCCCCUCUUCUUUUAUAUUCCAGUAGUGAAUGAUACAGAGACUUGUAUUGAUUUGGACGACAAUUUGGUAAUCACCGCUAGUGUCUUACGUACCUUCACCGACAUCUUUUACGUUCUCCAUAUCAUAUUUCAAUUUCGAACUGGCUUUAUAGCUCCACCAUCUCGUGUAUUUGGAAAGGGGAUCUUGGUUGAAGAUUCUUCAGCAAUAGCCCUUAGAUAUCUGAAAUCACACUUUCUUAUUGACAUUCUUGCAGUUAUUCCUCUGCCACAGAUUGUUAUAUUGGUAAUAAUGCCACGAUUGAAAGCGUCAGCUUCAUUGGACUCAAAGACACUGUUGAUGUAUAUUGUCAUAUUGCAGUAUGUACCCAGACUUGUCAGGAUAAUACCACUGUAUUUGGAAGUCACAAGAUCUGCUGGCAUAAUUGCUGAAACAGCAUGGGCAGGGGCAGCUUUUAAUCUUUUUCUUUACAUGCUUGCGAGUCAUGUACUCGGGGCUUUCUGGUACUUUCUUUCCAUUGAAAGAGAAGAUUCUUGUUGGAGGCACGCAUGCCGUACACAAAAUUGUACAACUACUUCCUGGUACUGUAGUAAUGGAGAAAGAGAAAGCAUAAUUACGGAUUUCAUAUCUGCUAAUUGUCCUAUUACCCCUCCUAAUCCUGAAAUCUUUGACUUUGGCAUUUACCUUCAAGCUCUUCAAUUAGACAUUGUUAAGCCAAUAAACUUUCUGGAAAAGUUCUUCUAUUGCUUUUGGUGGGGCUUACAAAAUUUGAGUGCCCUUGGACAAAAUAUGCAAACCAGUACUUAUUUGUGGGAGAUCUUAUUUGCUGUUUUCGUCUCCAUUUCUGGGCUUGUCUUGUUUUCACUUCUUAUUGGCAAUAUGCAGACUUACUUGCAAUCAACCACUGUGAGAAUAGAAGAAAUGAGGGUUAAAAGGCAAGAUGCAGAGCAAUGGAUGUCUCAUCGGUUACUUCCAGAGAACUUGAGGGAGCGAAUACGUCGUCAUGAGCAAUACCGAUGGCAAGAAACAAGAGGGGUUGAUGAAGAGCAUCUUCUUCAAAACUUACCCAAGGACUUAAGAAGGGACAUAAAACGUCAUCUCUGUUUAGCACUACUGAAGAGGGUUCCUAUGUUUGAACUAAUGGAUGAUCAACUCAUGGAUGCUUUGUGCGACUGUCUGAAACCUGUUCUCUACACUGAAGGCAGCUGCAUUAUUCGCGAGGGAGACCCGGUUGAUGAAAUGCUCUUCAUCAUGAGAGGAAAACUGCUUAGUGUGACGACUAAUGGUGGGAGGACUGGGUUUUUCAACUCAGAUUACUUGACUGAAGGAGAUUUCUGUGGUGAAGAGCUUCUAACAUGGGCUUUAGACCCACACUCAGCUUCUAGUCUACCCACCUCCACUAGGACGGUAAAGGCCGUGUCGGAGGUUGAAGCCUUUGCUCUAAUAGCUGAUGAUUUGAAAUUUGUUGCAUCCCAAUUCAGGAAGCUACACAGCAAGAAACUGAGGCAUACUUUUAGGUUCUAUUCACAGCAGUGGAGAACUUGGGCUGCUUGCUUUAUACAGGCAGCUUGGCGCCGCUACUCGAGAAAGAAGCUAGAGGAAUCGCUGCGUGAAGAAGAGGACAGGCUGCAGGCAGCCAUUGUGAAGGAUAAUGCUGCUACACCAAGUCUUGGCGCGACUAUUUACGCUUCCAGAUUUGCAGUGAAUGCUCUACGUGCCCUAAGACGAAAUGUUGCUCGCAAGGCAAGGUUGCAGGAAAGAUUGCCUGUUAUGUUGCUGCAGAAGCCACCUGAACCAGACUUCACCACAGAAGAGCAGUAAGCAGUAAUGGAUGUGAUUCUGGCUCAUGCAUCUUGCAACACCUUCUUAUCUAUUCUUGGUUAUGUUCAUACAAAAGAUGAGGUUUCUGGCAUUGCAGCUGGCGUUCCAUUAGAAAGCACGAAAGGUUUGCCAAUCCUGCACUUAGAGCUUGUUCCUUGCCUGAUGGAUCAUUUGUACCUUUUUGUGUCAAUGGGGAUGGAAAAUGUUAUGGACCUCUAGAUCAUCUGUAUAUAACGUGUUCCAGUGACAUGGCUAUUUGUAUUAUGCACUGUACACUAAUCAACAAGGCUAUUUGUAUUAUUUGUUCUAUGAACGUGUAGUCGGAAGUAUUCCGAUGGUUGAAAAUAUGCACUUAUUUUGUAUUUUAUAAUAUUUGCUGUAAAUACAGUUAAUAUUUGUCUCAA